AUGACGGAAGAAAAGAAUCCCAACACGAAAAUUGGAAAGAAGGAACGUAACGCUUAUCGUUGGGCAGCUAUGAUGCGUGAUCCUGGAUUAGCUCUAGAAGUGAAGCCAGCGAGUGGUGUUUUAGCUGGCCAGUCACAAGUGGAACUCACCGUCCGAGUGUACUCCGACUGCUGGGGACUGUACCGCGAUCAGAUUAUGAUACAGAUUGAAAGUCUGGAGCCAAUUAUACUCGAUGUGUGGGUGGAGAUUUUGGGAGCUCCCCUUUAUUUCCCUGCCAAAAGACCUGACGGCGACUCACCAGUACUAUGGAUGUCAGCAUCAGACCCCACCCGUAAGGUUCGUGCUCGCAAUGCCUCCAGAUCACGGCUCUAUGUACACGCUUAUGUAAUAUGUGAACAUGCGGAUAGUUUACCUGGUGAAAGUGAUAUUGAAACCAAAUCUACAAGUUUCUCUGAAGAAAUGGACACUGGUAUAGAAUUAUAUUUAGCAGAGGACUAUGGAGUGCAAGACGAUCAAUAUUAUAAGGUGGAGCCAGAAGUCUGCACAGUAGAUCCAAAUGCUUUCAAUUCUUGGACGGUAACUUUGAUGUCACCAGGACAUGGUGAGCUUGCACCUAACUCCAUGAUACUGCUGCGCUGUCUGCCGCUAGAUACCUUUGGUGACAGUUGGUACCGACCUGAUCCAGCUCCGCAGCUGGUAUACUUGAAGCAGACAGUCCGAGAGGGCCAGCUGCGUCUUUCUUGCCGAGAAGUAAUCGCCAAGCUGAGUGCUCUCGACUUGCCGUUUGGUGAUGUUUUAAGGAUUAGAAAACGUUUCCGAAUACAGAAUGUAGGUAAUGGACCUCUAAAUGUCACAGCUGAGACGGAAGCACCCUGGCGCAUUGUACAGGAGGACAGACAAGAACAUGGUCUACCAUGUGGCACUGGCUGUGGAUGCUAUCAACGGGCAACGAGAAAACGACUUGAUCUCCUGCCUCUUCAUCUUGAACCUAGAAGCUCUUUAGAGAUGUGCGUGGAGGUGUGUUGUGAUGCUGCGGAGAUUUGGCCGACUACAGCUGGUGCCCCACCAUGCCAGCCGCCAUCGUAUCCCCCUCGACGGAGAACCGUCACGCCUCUGGUGUUCCGUGAUGGCGACAACUUGCUUGCUGUACGUAAUAUUUAUUAA